CGUUAAUUUUAGCUAGUUUACCGCCAAUGAAGAAAUGGCGUCGGAGACUAAAUUAAACGGGAAUGAACUUUUGGAAAUUGACAUAUGCGACGGCCGCGUCUGCACCGAGGACGACAGCGGCGUUUUUGUCAACUCUGCCGCCUCCCUCCAGGAUGAUUUCUCCGGCUUUCGCCAGUGGACGAGCCCUGCCGAGUCACCAAAUGACACAUCAUCAUCAUCUCCGGGACAGCAGGAGCUGAUCCCCAGCGAGCACGCCGAGGUUGAUGGACUUAAAGCUCCCAGGACUUCCAUAGUGGACUGUCUGUUGGUGGAGCUCUAUGAGACCUACAGCGGAGGCAGCAGGAGGAAUGCGGACAGCUGGGACAGCUCCACCGAGGCAUCCGGGUCAGAUGCCUUCCUCGGCCGCAGUAACUCCGGGUCCAGCUUCCUCCAGGAGCUCCAGGAGAAGCACACCAGGAGGCAUCAGAUGAACUACUUGGCCCAGAAAGCCCCUGAGGAGCUGCAGUCGAUCAUCCAGGAGGUGAAGUACCGUACAGGCCUGCAGUCGGCCAAGCUGAUUCGCCAGCUGAAGAGACGAGACCGACUUUGUCACAAACUGCAGAAGAACUACGACAUCGUCACGGCGUGUCUCCAAGCCGUCUCGCAGAAACGACGAGUUGACACGAGGCUGAAGUUUACCAUUGAACCGUCGCUGGGAAAGAAUGGAUUCCAGCAGUGGUACGACGCCCUCAAAGCAGUGGCUCGACUUCCUACCGGGAUACCAAAGGAAUGGAGGAAGAGGGUGUGGCUAACACUGGCGGACCAGUACCUCCACAGUAUCUCCAUCGACUGGGACAAGACGCUUCGUUUCGCCUUUAACGAGCGCAGCAACCCAGACGACGACUCCCUCGGCAUUCAGAUCGUCAAGGACCUGCACAGGACCGGCUGCAGUUCUUACUGUGGCCAGGAGGGGGAGCAGGACAGGGUGGUGCUGAAGAGGGUGCUGCUGGCGUACGCCCGCUGGAAUAAAGCUGUAGGUUACUGCCAAGGCUUCAACGUGCUGGCCGCUCUCAUACUGGAAGUUACAGAGGGAAGUGAGAGCGAUGCACUGAAGGUGAUGAUCUAUCUGAUCGACAAAGUGCUGCCAGAGAGUUACUUUGCAAACAACCUCCGAGCGUUGUCAGUGGACAUGGCGGUGUUCAGAGACCUGCUGCGUCUGAAGCUGCCCAGACUGUCGCAGCACCUGCACCACCUUCAGAAAGCAGCCAACAGAGAAGCUGGAGGCAGUUACGAGCCUCCACUGACCAACGUCUUCACUAUGCAGUGGUUCCUCACCAUGUUCGCCACCUGCCUGCCGGCGUCCACCGUGCUCAAGAUCUGGGACUCGGUUUUCUUCGAGGGGUCAGAGGUGCUGUUUCGUGUCGCCCUCGCCAUCUGGGAGAGACUGGGAGAGAGGAUCGAGUACUGUCAGACGGCUGACGAGUUUUACAGCACGAUGGGUUGUCUCACGCAGGAGAUGCUGGAGCGCAACCUCAUCGAUCCUGCAGAACUCAUGCAGGAGGUUUACUCCAUGGCUGUGUUUCCUUUCCCUCAGCUGGCCGAGCUGAGGGAGAAAUACACCUACAACAUCACUCCGUUCCCUACCUCAGUCAAAUCCAAUGGAAGUGGCGGUCUGGGCAGCUGGGAGAGCGACGAUGACGCCGACAUGGACGACGAGGACUCUGUGGUGACUGCGCUGGGUUGUCUGGGGCCCCUGGGCGGCCUGCUGGCCCCCGAGCUGCAGAGAUACCAGAAACAUCUGAAAGACCAGCGAGCGGAGCAGGGAAACAUCGCAGAGCUCAGUCCGGGAGCGGUGGGAGCUGGAGGGGCAGGUGCCAGGGCGGAGCAUCAAGCCGCCAUCAACAGCAUGAUGAUGGAGAGAAUGAGCACCGACAUCUACGCCCUGAAGAAGCAAUAUGCUCGCAUCAAGAGGCGGCAGCAGCAGCAGGCUAUGCAACUCUACAUACGCACAGACAAGUGCCCAGCCACCCGUGUCCUGGCCUCCCAGCUCAACCCUUCCAGCUCCGUGAUCAACCACCUCCUCCUGGGUCGGAAACCACGCGGCUCCACGAGCACGCAGCGCUGUGGCUCACUGCCCUCCAACGGCUCCGGAUCUCCAGGGAGCUCCGGAGGAGGAGGAGGAGGAGGUGGCGGUUCACCGUGGCGUGCUCAUGUCCGGGUUCAUCGGAGGAAUAUCGCCAGGGCUCGAGCGCAGCUGGGCUUUGGAGAUUCAGAGGAAAGGGAAGAUGAGGUGGAGGAGGAGGAGGAGGAGGAGGAAGAGGAAGGAGGAUCAGUGACACUGGAGGGUGAAGAGGAGAAGAAGAUUGAGGAAAACAAGAGAGAUGAUGAGGAGCAGAGAGAGGAAAAGGCUCCACAGGUCACAGAUGAGACAAAAGAAGCUGAGGUUGCAGAGGUGGUGGUGCAACUGGACUCCCUGGAUCUAGAGGACGAGUCGAACCUGACCUCCCCCAUCACUGCAAACCCAAAUACAUCGCCCACACUCCCAGAGUCUAAGCCUGCGCCCCAAGUUCCUCUCCUCCCUCCUCCGCCGUCCUCAAACAGACACAAAGAGUCCAACUCCUCGGGUUCAGAGCGAAGCGCCGCCUCUGACAGACAGUUUCCCUCCAUUGCUUUACCUCCACCUCACCACUCCUCCUCCAGCUCCUGCAUCCCUUCUUCCUCUCCUUCCACCCCGAGUCCAUCCCCCUCCCCGGUCCCAAUGUCAGCUUCUCUCGGUCCCUCCUGCUCAUCCUCUCCUACACCUCCCUCCACCCCGACACCAAACUCCACAUCCCGCCUCCCGUCCUCUUCAUCAGCCAAUGGCUUAUCCUCUCUCUCUCUUCCUGCCUCCUCCACCUUUUACAAAACUCCCUGCCCUUCCACGCCCUCACUCUCCUCUGUCUCCUCAUCUUCCAAAUCUCACAUCCCGUCCUCCCCGUCAACCCCGGCGUUCUCCUCCACUCCCAAACAGCAAGUCUUCUCCCCGUUCCCUUCCGUGAAGCAGCCCAGGAAAUCGGUCGCAGCCAGAAACCUCGGCCUCUAUGGUCCCACAUCCAGAACGCCCACCGUACACUUCCCCCAGCUCAGCCGCAACCUCAACCGCAGUAGCGCCGCCGGCACCACGGGGAGUCGAUGAGCACCUGAGCGCUCCUGAACUGAUGCUGGAAACACACAGUUGUUACAUGAUAUGAAAAAUCAUUCUCGAGUUACACCGUGUUGCCUCCUGCGUAUCAAGAAAAUAACCCAUUUCUUAUAUAUAGUAGUGAGAAAGUUGUAGAAAUGUAAAGUUCACCUGACAGACGGGUCAUCCUGAAAUUCACAAGCCAUUAUGGACGAACAUUAUAAAACUAGCUGACUAUUAUUUCUUCAUGGUUUGUUUAGUGUUUGAACUGCAGCGGAUGUGUAAGGCUGAGGAGUUUGGGGCACGGGACCAUCCCAGUAUCAAGCCCUUUACAGUGGCCUAUGCAGGUUCUUCUUGACCAUAAUUGUAAUUGCAAUCGCACCGCAUUUGUGCAGCUCUUCAAUCUCUAAUGAGGAUCCUCCCUGGACUGACACUGGAGGCAAAUGUUUCCCUCUGGACUCACGUAGACAACAUGUAUCAACACGAUGAAGUACAUUUUCUCCUGUGCGAUUACACAAUAGCCAUCCAGUUGUUUCUAUGCCAAGUGAUUUAAGAAAUAACUACACAAGAAACAAAUAUACCUAAAAAAUUAUGUAAAUGAAGUAUCACAAAAACAAACUGUGUGUGCCCCCCCCCCCCAAAAAAAAAACAGCCCACUCAUAAAACUUGUGAUCUCAUGAAGCACUUAACAUCCUCUAUGUGUACUCUGUCUGUGUCUCGACUGUUGAACGUAAGGAAUUUAAUUUUUCAAUCAAUAAUGAUGUAAGUGCGAAUGAGAGAGAUUGUUUUGAUCAUUGGAGGGUGAACAGUGUAAGUGAAAUAUGGCAAAUCUAAAUAUACAGCAAGGUUUUUCAAAAGUUUAAGUGGUGUUCAUAUAAAGUAAAUGUAAUGUUCUGCUUUAUAAGGCAGGACUACAUCAAAUCAUAUUAGCAGCACUUUAAAGAGAUCUUAUUUAAUGUUGAUUUCCAGUAUAAACAGCCCAACCAUACUCAAAGCAUGCUUAUUUAGAAACUUACCACAAAGCUGCAGCUUGCCACUGGGUUUCAAAUGCUGCCCAGUCAGGCAAAUACAAAUAAAUAAAUUAUAGAAGAUGGAAAAAUCCCAGUAUGGUCAGUCAUGUCGUGGCCUUCAUUAAAAACAACAACCUCUGAGUGGGAAGAAAUGUUGCAGCUGCAGCACAACAUCCUGCUUGAGGCACAGAUGUAGCCAAGAAUAGGGAUUGGUGCAAAUUAAAGUCAGUGUAAUGUUUUAGAAAGAAAGGUUUGUGAGCAUUUUUAGCAAAUGCAUGACAUUUAGCCUCAGUUUGGGCCUCUCUGAAUCAUUGCUUUUACAUUUCAGACUUUUGCCUUGAUGGUUUCAUUUGACUCAAAUCAGUUUUUCAAAAGGAAAAAUACACUUCAAAUGUUGAAAAAUUGGUGCAAGCUUUUGACAACAUGUAUUUCUGUCUUUAACAGUUCCAGAUUACACAAAGACACUAUAUAGCUGGAGUGAACAAUAUUUUCUGGGCUGCAUAAAUUAGAUAAUUUUUAACCUGGUUUGUAAGUUGCUAAAUUUUUGUAUCAAAUAGGGGUUGGAGGAUUGAUCCCCAAAGUAUCAAUACCACUUGCUUUAAGUAUCUAUACUAGCAUCUAUAGAAUCUAUACCCAAAAAAAAAUAUAUUAAAUGAGAAUCGUAAAAUGAAAUGCCUCAUAUUUGGCAAAUUAUCUGGCAGUAAUUAAAUUUUUAUAUAAAUAAAUUGUGACAUAUUUCUCUCCCUUAUAUAGACAGUACAGCUUCUUUUAACAAUAAAAAAGUAUCAAUAUUGGUAUUGAUACUUAUUGAUGCUGGCACUGGUAUUAUUUGGUCAGGUUGACGAAGACCAUUUCUUUUAACCCAUUUUUCAGGUUGCUAAGUUUGUGUCUUCACCAAACAAAGCUUGUAGCUGAAGUUGUUUUGUACUAAAAUUGUUAAAAAAUAUAUAUAUAUUAUAAUAAUGUUCAAUUAAUUUA